AUGUACAACCUGAGCUGUUACAACCCACCUUCCUUCAUCCUUGUUGGAGUACCUGGCCUAGAAAAGUUGCACAUCUGGAUCGGGAUUCCCUUUUGUGUCAUCUAUGUUGUGGCCAUUGUGGGCAAUUGCGUCCUGCUGUACCUGAUUGCAGCAGAGCAGAGCCUCCACGAGCCCAUGUUUUUGUUCCUGUGCAUGCUGGCCAGCACAGACCUCAUCCUGUCUACUGCCACAGUGCCCAAACUGCUCAGUAACCUCUGGCUUAGCUCCCAGGAAAUAACCUUCUCUGGUUGUCUUACUCAGAUGUUUUUCCUCCACUUUAGCUUUGUAGUGGACUCAGCUAUCCUGUUGGCUAUGGCAUUUGAUCGCUAUGUGGCCAUCUGCUUGCCCUUGAAGUACAGCACCAUCCUGACUCCCCAGGUGAUCAUCAAGAUAAUGGUGAGCAUUGUUGUGAGGAGCUUUUCAGUCAUCCUGCCAGAUGUUUUCCUGCUGAAACGGUUACCAUUUUGUAGGACAUGCAUCAUCCCUCACACAUACUGUGAGCACAUAGGUGUUGCACGGCUCUCCUCUGCUGAUAUCUCUAUCAACAUUUGGUAUGGGUUUUCUGUUCCUCUCAUGACUGUCAUCUCUGAUGUCAUCCUGAUCGCCGUGUCCUACGUCUUCAUCCUCCGUGCUGUUUUUCUACUCUCCUCCCAAGGUGCUCGCCAGAAGGCCCUGAGCACCUGUGGUUCCCACGUCUGUGUCAUCCUCAUGUUCUACACACCUGCUUUCUUUUCUAUCCUUGCUCAUCGUUUUGGGCACAGUGUCACUCGACAUGUUCUCAUCCUGUUUGCCAACUUGUAUGUGGCCAUCCCUCCUGCUCUAAAUCCAGUUGUUUAUGGAAUGAAGACCAAGCAGAUUCAAGAGAAAUUUCUUCUUCUCUUCCCUUUGAGAAAGAUACAAUAA